GAUUGAUCGAUUUCCCCAACUCGCAAAAUUAGAACUUCCCAAUGUUGGUAGUGUUUUAUCAGCAAUUCUUUCGAACGUGUCGGCGUUUCGAAGUGGGAGUCAUCUAUCCUUUUGGGAAAAUGCUAUCUAUUCAUGUGUUCCAGUGAACUCGGACCAGUGUGCUACAGAAGGUCGCAGAUCUGAUAUAGAGGACCCAGUGCGAAAUUUCUACAUUCCAGUGAGCCAAAGAUUACAAGACAUGCUUUACAAAGUCUUGGGGUUCUUAGGUAACGUUAAUUUAAUUUUGGCUGAAAUUUAAUUACAGCAUUCUUGACUUAAUUUUGCAACUCUAGUGCCUCCCAUUAAACACAUCGGGGAGAAAAAAAAAAAAGCAUUGUCAGGCAGUUCAGCUCGUGAAUUUGGCGUGCCAACAAAUUAAAACUCUAAAUGAGUACGAGGCUUAUGAAUCAAUUGUGAAAGGCCCACUGCUUUCCGCAGCAGAAUUUGGAGUUAAAGAGGUGGUGGAACAAAUUUCGCAGCAGUUUCCGGAUACAAUUUUGUUUCGUGAUAGAGAAGAUCGUUCUGUAUUGGAUUUGGCAAUUUUACAUCGUCAGGAAAAAGUUUUCAACUUCAUAUAUCGUAUGGAUCUAUGUAAAAAUCUCUUGUCCCACCACUUGGACAUGGAAGAUAACAGUAUAUUGCACUUGGCGGGGACACUGGCGCCUCUAAGCAAACUAAAACUAAUUCCUGGUGCAGUACUUCAAAUGCAACGUGAGAUGCAAUGGUUUCAGGAAGUCAAGAAAUUUCUGCCAUCCAAAUUUAGACUGAAGGAUAACGAAUUUGGAGAAACUCCUGCAGCGCGAUUUACUGUGCAACACGAGGACCUAGUACGUGAAGGAGAGAAUUGGAUGAAAGGUGUAGCAAAUUCAUGCACAAUUGUGGCAUCCUUGAUCGCCACUAUAGCGUUUGCUGCUGCAAUCACUGUUCCCAGCGGCAAUCACGAUAAUACUGGCCUCCCGAUUUUCUCUAAUGAAAGUGCAUUCAUCGUCUUUGUCUUUUUAAAUGCAUUAUCUUUAUUCACAGCCGCCACUUCUCUAUUGAUCCAUCUUCACUUCACGAUAUGGGGAAAGUGAUUUUCUUUAUGUUCUUCCCAAGAGGCUGAUAAUUGGUCUUGUCACCUUAUUUCUCUCCAUAACAACCAUGAUGAUAGCCAUCACUGCUGUCCUUUGUCUUGUGGCGAGCAAACACAAGGAAAAGAUACUAAUUCCUGCAGCAGUAGUAGCUAGUGUUCCAAUCUAUAUUUUCACGUCCUUGCAGUUCCCUCUCCUCUUGGAUCUA